AUGGAUAACGACAACAAGAAAACAAAAGAAGCACCCAAGAUAAUACAUGAGAAUGAAGGCCAUAUACUAGAACUUAUAGAUGAAGAUGUUCAAUCAGUUAACGCCUUCAGGUCACAAUUUAAAGAAGAAUCAUCUCCUGUAGUUCGAAACAACGAAGUCAAGAUAGAAAAAGAGAAAGAAGAACCUACAACUAAAAAAGAAACUUUCAACGAGAAUGGCAAAAGAAAGAUUGAUUUACAACAUAGUAAAGUCCUGAAAGAUGUGGACGAAACGCAGUUUAGACAAUAUCAGAAAGCCAAAUAUAGAGUUCGUAAUUUUUAUAAGGAGCAGCAUGAGAAACAAACCAUGGCAUAUAACCUUCAGGCAAGAAUAAAUUUCAAAACUAAAAAAAGAGCGUCCAUGCCCAUCUGGACUGCUUUAUGCAAACUAAGUAAGUUAAUUGACGAUUCUGAUCCAGAUACAGAACUUUCUCAAAUAGAUCAUGCAAUUCAAACAGCAGAAGCGAUAAGAGCAGAUGGCAAACCACGAUGGAUGCAAUUAGUUGGAUUAAUCCACGAUCUUGGCAAGAUUUUAUAUUUUUUUGAUAGUGAAGGCCAAUGGGAUGUAGUGGGUGACACUUUCCCAGUUGGAUGUGAAUUUUCCAAAGAUAUUAUAUUUCACGAGUUUUUCAAAAAUAAUCCUGAUUUCAAUCACCCCAUAUAUUCAUCAAAAUAUGGGAUUUACGAGCCACAUUGUGGACUAAAAGCAUUAAUGCUUUCUUGGGGACACGACGAAUAUAUGUACUAUAUAGCAAAGGGUCAAUCUACCUUUAAUGAUCAAGCUUUAGCAAUGAUAAGAUACCAUUCUUUUUACCCUUGGCAUAGGGAAGACGCCUACCGUCAUCUAAUGUGUGAUGACGAUUAUAGGAUACUGGAAGUUGUCAGAGAUUUUAACAAAUAUGAUUUAUAUUCCAAAAGUGAUUUGAGAUACGACUUGGCAGAAAUCAAACCCUAUUACUUGGAACUCAUUGAGGAAUUCUUCCCCAAUGAACUGGUUGAUUUUUAA